AUGGCUUCGAAGUGGACAAAGCUAGUGCUUCUACCAGUGGUGCUACUCUGCACACUAGCUUGCCAAACCAGCGGUAGUCCACUGGCUGAGGAACCUCAACGGCGCAUCCUCAAUGGCGUCGAGGCGAGUCCAACGGAUAUUCCGUUCAUUGUUGGCGUGCUGGUGACGUUUCCUUCGCGGACUUACUUCUGCGGUGGAACACUGAUCUCUCCCAGGCACAUUCUCUCCUCGGCUAGCUGUGUUGAUGGCUAUCGUACCAUUACGGUGAUGCUGGGAGCGUACGAUAUGACACUGGUGCAGGAUUUCAUCACCGUGUCCUCGGUGGUCAUUCACCCAGACUACAGUAACUUCUUCGAGUCCAACGAUCUAUCCAUCCUGACGCUAUCCCGUCCGGCGCGACUUACCGAUCGUGUUCAGGUGGCUCAACUACCGAACCGCCUGUACGUGGGUCAUUCCUUCAAUAAUUACGAAGCCACCAUUGCCGGCUGGGGCCAGACGGGUUCGAACACUGGCGAACCGGUACCCGUGCGCCGAUUGCUGUACUUCCGCACUCGAGUCAUCACUAACACGAGCUGUCUGGUGAGUUUCCCGCUCUAUCUACGCUCGAGCAACGUCUGCACCUCAACCGACAACGGAGCUGCAUGUGUCGGUGAUGAAGGAGGUCCAGUGACGGUCACCGAGAACGGACAAACGUUCCUGAUUGGAGUGCAUUCGUACAGCUUCUCACUGGGCUGUCAACGUGGUUGGCCUUCGGUACAUACCCGUGUCACGGAAUAUCUCGAUUGGAUCGCUAGUAACUCCGAUGCGGUGGUACUAUGA